UAUUGCAGUACAGCUUGGAUUGAAAGCAGCAAGAGGAAUCUCCAAAGUUCUUCAAGAUUGCUGAAAUCUCAUCAGUCUGUUUCAGGUUCACAGAAGAAGGGGAAAUGGCUCAAGAAACCAACCGCAGCCAGGUGCCCAUGCUGUGUUCCACUGGCUGUGGGUUUUACGGGAAUCCUCGAACCAACGGCAUGUGCUCAGUGUGCUACAAAGAACACCUGCAGAGGCAGAACAGCAAUGGUAGAAUUAGCCCUCCUGCAACUUCUGUCACUAGUAUAACUGAAUCCUUACCAGUUCAGUGCACAGAAGGCAGCACCCAGGAAACUCAGUCACCUUUAGAUUCUACAUCGACUCCAUCUAUGCAGCCAAGCCCUGUGUCCAGUCAGUCCCUUCUAACAGAAUCUGUAGCAUCAUCCCAACCGGAUAGCACGGCUGUGGACAAAACAGUACCUGAGACAGAAGAGUUGCAAGCUUCAGUGUCAGAGAAUGCAGAGCCUACACCUGAAGAACCAGACAAGUCACUUGACAAACCGAAACAGAAAAAGAAUCGUUGCUUCAUGUGCAGGAAGAAGGUUGGGCUGACUGGCUUCGAGUGCCGGUGCGGGAACGUGUUCUGCGGCAUGCACCGCUACUCAGACGUGCACAGCUGCUCCUACAACUACAAAGCUGAUGCUGCUGAGAAAAUCAGAAAAGAGAACCCUGUAGUCGUUGGGGAAAAGAUCCAGAAGAUCUGAACUGCUGCUUCUGCUGGAACGUGAGACUCCUCUGACCAUCUGCAGAUUGAAUUGACUUGAGCUUUUCUUUCCUUAGUCACCAGGAGCGUAGAGCAGUGUACCUUGCCUAGACCUUUUAAUCAUGCAUGUCAGCAGAUGAAUAGAUUCUUUGGGGGUUGGGGGUUUGGUUUGGUUUUCUUUUUGUUUUGGGGUUUUUUUGUUUGUUUGUUUUGUUUCUGGUUUGUUUUUGUUUGUUUGGAAAAUGAGACUGAACUUUUCAUUGCAGUUUUCUGUGGCUGAAGACUUAAGUAAACUUUACAAGUAUUAUCCUUUUAAGAUCAUUUUAAUUUUAGUUGAGUGCAGAGGGCUUUUAUAACAAAUGUGGAGAAAACUUUUUGGUUGUGUUUUUUUGUUUGUUUGUUUUUUGGAGGGCUGUGCUUUUCCAGGAUCAAACGUGCAUGCAUUACCUUUUGCAGUUUAUUUUCUUGUUGUAUAUAAGCUUUUC